AUGUCUUUCUACACGACUCCGCAAAGUCUGCUCCCACCCAUAUCUGUUCGACUGGCCAUGAAGCCCGAUUCGGAUGAAUCUGUUGUCGACGAUUGGCUGGUUGUGAAAGGUGGAAAGAUACUGCUCCUGAAACUCAUGUCGGAUGAACUGCUAAAGGGAGGUCAUAUAGUCUUGAUUUUCUCCCAUUUUAAGACGGUUCAGCAAUGGUUAACUCACUGCAAAGCCUUGGAGCACUGUUGA